GUACCUCGUAUCGUGUUUACUGUACUGUGAAUCCCGUUCCAUGUAUCGUGUAUCCCGUACUGUAUCAUGUAUCAUAUAACAUUUAUUGUCUUAAAGGGACUAUAUGGUUAGAAAACACUAUGAGAAAUGGAUAUAAAACGUUAUAUUUUCUAUGAGUAUGUUACAAAACUAACACUUUCUCUUAAUUACAAAAAUUAAAAGUCACUGCAACCAUUUACGAUAUAUAUCUAAAAAAUAUAAAAGGUAAACAUUUCGGUCUCGAACUAAUUCAUAAAUUACCGCUCGUAGCCUGAAAAUGCGCAUGCGCGUAAACCGAGAAAAAAGCAAAAUGGCGGACGCAAACCAGAAAAAACGACGAGGUCCUAAAAGUUACUUGACGGAAAGUGCAAGAAAACGAAGGAAAAAAGAAUCAGAACAGAGAAGAGGAGAGGCGAGAAUCUACAUCAGCAAAGAGAUAGAUAGAUGGCGUAAGGUAAAGGAAGAUCUCGCACUGGAGACUGAUUCUAAAUUAGCGAAGCUGCUUCUUGACAGUUAUGAAUUUAAGAAAAUAUCAGAUAAAUCCACCACUUCAACCGGCCACAUCCAUAUGUAUUCCACACCUGCAAGAAGAUAUAUACCUCCACGAGAGUGUUCAGAAAGUGAAGUCACUAUAAGUGGUCGAGAAAUGUCAGGAGUGUUUGUGCAAGAAUGUUGGAAAGACAUGUCAUUGCCUGGACCAUCCACAAGUGAUUUUCAGAAUCAACAUAUUCAGAAGGCCGAUAUCACUACCAAAGAGGCGAGCAGCUUCAUAAAUCCUUUUGACUUAACAAUAGAUGUCACUGAAAAUGUCGACGAGGAUGACCAAACCACUGAUGAUGAGGAUUAUGAACCAAGUUUCGACAUCACUCUCAGAAGUACAGCAGAACUUGAAAACUAUCACCAGUUGAUAUUAAUGUAUGCAGCCAAAAGGUUUGCUUACACUCCGCCUGUUUACAAGGCACGCACCAUUUUGGCAGCUCUUGACUACAACUUCCACAUCGAUAGAGAAACAAAGACAAAUGCAGAUGGCUCAGUAAGGUACCACAGAACUUACAACAAGAAAAGUGGAAGGUGGUCCGCUGUGCCCUACAAAGUGAAAAAGAAAUACAGCUACAUCAGUGACCUGAUUUCUGCUGUAGUUGAAAAGAGGCUACUUGAUAGAGAAGGAAUGCAUAAAAGCAAGACGUUAUCGCCCUAAGAUCCCAGACACAUUUCCAGCGGUUUAGCCCUCCUUACUCCACCUUCUACUGCCAUAUUAGUAGAAGAAAAAAAGUCAAGACUUAAGUGAUUCUAGUGUCACAAAUAGGACUCAACAAUCUGCUGGCUACUCCUCCUUAACCACUUAGAUUUCAACAAAACUUGCUACAAGGCUACUGUCAUUAUUCUAUGAAUAACCUCAUUGGGGAAGUGGGGAUGUUGUUAGGUGUUGGCCCACAACAGCUACAUUUGUAGCUAUUAUUAUUUGUAGUAUAUGCCAUAUAAGAUUUGGGUUUCACAUGUGUUUUAUGUUUCAAAAUUCAUGUGCAAAACUAAUCUACUACUUGUCGGAUGGAAAAUACUCAAUACUCAAUGUUUACAUU